AAUCAACGCUCCUUUCUUCCUUUCACAUUCAAUGCGCUUUAUAAAACAAAAACAAAAACCCGCGAUUAAAUCAUACACCAAGAUCUCCAACGAUGGAGAUUCCGUAUCUAUACAUCUCUUUGCUACUGCUUCUGGCCUCCUACCUUUUCACAUCCCACUUCCGUCGCAAAUUCUCCAAUCUCCCACCAACCGUCUUCCCAACCCUCCCCAUUAUCGGCCACCUAUAUCUUUUGAAACCACCAUUGUACAGAACCUUUGCCAAACUCUCCGCUAAGUAUGACCCCAUCCUCCUCCUCCGCCUCGGAUCCCGCCGUGUCCUUUUGGUUUCAUCUCCGUCUGCCGCCGAAGAAUGCUUCACCAAGAACGACAUCGUCUUCGCCAAUCGCCCUCACAUGCUAUUCGGUAAGAUCAUCGGCAACAACUACACCAGUCUCGUUUGGUCGCCCUACGGCGAGAACUGGCGCAACCUCCGCCGCAUCGCUUCAAUCGAGAUUCUAUCUAUUCAUCGCCUCAACGAGUUCCACGACGUACGCGUAGAUGAAGGCAGGUUCCUGAUCCGUAAACUGCUUUCUCAUUCUUCCGCAGUGGAUCUGAAGUCGGUUUUCUAUGAGCUGACGUUGAACGUGAUGAUGAGGAUGAUCUCCGGGAAGAGGUAUUUCGGCGGCGAUAUACCGGAGGUGGAGGAAGAAGGGAAACGGUUCAGGGCGAUACUGAGCGAGACCUUUUUGCUCUCCGGCGCUGCCAAUGUUGGCGAUUACUUGCCCUUUUUGAGUUGGUUCGGAUUGAAGGGAUUGCAGAAUAAAUUAAAUGCGUUGAAGGAAAAGAGGGAUGUGUUCUUUCAAGGCUUGAUCGAACACAUUAGAAAAUCGAAAGGGGAAAACAGCAAAAAGACGAUGAUUGAAGUUCUAUUAUCUCUACAAGAAUCAGAUCCUCAAUACUACACUGAUGAAAUGAUCAGAAGCUUCGUUCUGGUCCUACUAUCAGCCGGCACCGACACGUCAGCAGGAACAAUGGAAUGGGCAAUGUCACUUCUACUAAACAAUCCACAAGUCCUAAUAAAAGCACAAAACGAGAUGGAUACAAUCAUUGGUACAGACAGACUUAUUGAUGAAUCAGACGUAAUCAACCUUCCUUACCUCCGUUGUAUCAUAAACGAGACCCAACGAUUGUACCCAGCGGGCCCGCUACUAGUCCCACACGAGUCAUCAGAAGAAUGUAUUGUUGGGGGUUAUAAAAUCCCACGUGGCACAAUGUUACUUGUCAAUCAAUGGGCCAUACAUCAUGACCCGAAUAUAUGGGCCGACCCGGAAAGAUUCGACCCGGAAAGAUUUGAAGGGGUAGAAGGGACACGAGACGGGUUCAAGUUGAUGCCAUUUGGGUCUGGAAGGCGGAGUUGUCCUGGGGAAGGGUUGGCUAUACGGGUUAUGGGGUCGACUUUAGGGUUAUUGAUUCAGUGUUUUGAGUGGGAAAGAAUAAGUGAAAAGAUGGUUGAUAUGAGCGAAGGUCUUGGGCUUACAUUGCCUAAGGCUGAACCUCUUGUAGCUAAGUGCAAACCACGUCUUGAGAUGAAGAAUAUACUUUCCCAACUGUGAAAGGUGUUUUUGCUUUGAAAUUAUAGAUAUUUGUAUGAUAAAUUGUAAUCGAAAUAAUGACUACAUGAUUGAUCGAUUUGUA